AUGAUAAGUAAUAGUAUUAAUGUAACUCCAAAUAAAGAGUCAAAGAUGUAUGUUGUAAAAAGAGAUGGUACAAAAGAAAAUGUAUCAUUUGAUAAAAUUACAUCAAGAAUUUCAUUUUUAUGUGAAAUGGAACCAAAAUUAAAUUCAGAUAUAGUUGAUCCAAUUGAAGUAGCACAAAAAGUAGUUAGUGGAGUAUUUCCAGGUGUAAAGACUACAGAAUUGGAUAAUUUGGCAGCCGAGACAGCAGCAUAUAUGUCAACACGUCAUCCAGAUUAUGGUAUUUUGGCAGCACGUAUUAGUGUAUCGAAUCUUCAUAAACAAACUUCAAAGAGUUUUGUAGAGACAGUUAAGAAACAAUAUGAAUUCAUUAAUCCAAAGAGCAAUUUAUUGGCACCAUUGGUCAGCAAGGAGCUCUAUGAAAUCGUAAUGAAACAUGGUGAGAGAUUGGAGAGUGUCAUUGAUUAUUAUCGUGAUUUCGAUUACGAUUUCUUUGGAUUCAAAACAUUGGAACGUUCCUAUCUUCAUCGUAUCAAUGGUAAAAUUGUCGAGCGUCCACAACACAUGUUGAUGCGUGUCUCCAUUGGUAUCCAUGGCGAAGACCUCGAAUCUGCCAUCAACACCUACAAACGUUUGUCUGAGAAAUUGUUCACUCAUGCCACACCAACUCUAUUCAACGCAGGUACACCAUCACCACAAAUGUCAUCUUGUUUCUUGGUUCAAAUGAAGGAGGAUUCAAUCGAUGGUAUUUAUGACACUUUGAAACAAUGUGCACUCAUUUCAAAGAGUGCCGGUGGUAUUGGUAUUGCAGUUCAUAAGAUUCGUGCUGCUCAAAGUUAUAUUCGUGGUACCAAUGGUACAAGCAAUGGUUUGGUGCCAAUGCUUCGUGUUUUCAAUGAUACUGCUCGUUACGUCGAUCAAGGUGGUGGCAAGAGAAAGGGUGCCUUUGCCGUUUACUUGGAACCAUGGCACGCUGAUGUCUUUGAAUUUAUUGAUCUAAAGAAAAACACUGGUAAGGAAGAGAUGAGAGCUAGAGAUCUAUUCUAUGCUCUUUGGGUUAGUGAUAUUUUUAUGGAACGUGUCGAACAAAAUGGCGAUUGGGCCCUCUUUUGUCCAAAUGAAGCACCAGGUCUUGCUGAAACUCACUCAGAGGAACAUCGUGCUCUCUAUUUGAAAUACGAAGCAACACCUGACCUCCCAAGACGUGUCAUUAAAGCUCAAGAACUUUGGUUCGCCAUUAUGGAGUCUCAAGUUGAAACUGGUACUCCAUUCAUUUUGUACAAGGAUGCCUGUAAUGCUAAAUCCAAUCAAAAGAAUUUAGGUACCAUUAGUAGUAGUAAUCUUUGUACCGAGAUCAUUCAAUACACAUCACCAGAUGAAAUCGCCGUUUGUAAUCUUGCCUCUAUAGCACUUCCAAAGUUUGUUCGUCAAAAAGUAGGCUCAACCGAUCCAAAAGAAAAAGAGUUUGACCAUCAAUUCCUAUUUGAAAUCACAAAGUUAAUAACCGUCAAUCUUAACGUUAUCAUCGAUCGUAACUAUUAUCCAGUGGCUGAGGCUAAAACUUCAAAUCUUAGACAUCGUCCAAUUGGUAUUGGUAUUCAAGGUUUGGCCGAUGUUUUCAUUAAAAUGCGUAUGCCUUUCGAUAGUGUUGCCGCCGCUAAAUUAAAUGUUGAAAUCGCCGAAACCAUUUACUUUGCCGCUUUGACUGCCUCUCAUGAAUUGGCGAUCCGUGAUGGUACCUAUGAAUCUUUCAAAGGUUCACCAGCUUCCAAAGGUAUCCUCCAAUUUGAUAUGUGGAAUGUUACACCAAGUUCUCGUUGGAAUUGGGCAGAGCUAAAGGAUAACAUUGUCAAUAAGGGUGGUUUACGUAAUUCACUCCUCAUUGCACCAAUGCCAACCGCUUCAACAAGUCAAAUCCUUGGUAACAAUGAAUGCUUUGAACCUUACACUUCCAACAUUUACAGUCGUCGUGUUUUAGCAGGUGAAUUCACAAUUGUCAACAAACAAUUACUCGAAGAUCUCAUGGAAUUGGGCAUUUGGUCACCAGAGAUGAAGAAUCAAAUCGUUGCUGCACGUGGUUCCAUUCAAUCCAUCGGUGGCAUCCCUGAUGAUUUGAAAGAACUCUAUAAAACAGUUUGGGAAAUCCGUCAAAGAACUCUCAUCGAUAUGGCUGCUGAUCGUGGUGCUUUCAUCGAUCAAAGUCAAAGUUUCAAUGUUUUCAUUGCUGAACCAACCUUUGCUAAACUCACCUCAAUGCAUUUCUACUCAUGGAAGAAAGGUUUAAAGACUGGUAUGUACUAUCUUCGUACUCGUCCUGCCGCUGAUGCAAUUCAAUUCACUGUUGAUCCAAUCGUAUCUCAAACUCCAAAACCAGUUGAAAAUAAUAUAAACUCAACUACACCACUUAAAACUCCAACUAAAACUCCAAACUCUUCAAAUCGUAUCUCUACUAGUCCAACUAAUAAUUUAACAAGUCCAAUUCGUUUUAAUAUAACCCAACAACAACAACAACAACAACAACAACAACAACAACAAAAUAAUAAUGAAGAUGAUUUGGCUAAUUAUGAUGGUAUGACUUGUCGUCGUGAAGAAGGUUGUUUAGUUUGUGGUAGUUAA